CCUCGUCCCCUCCCCCCAUGCAGCGCUGAGGAGACGGGCGGCGGAGCGGAGCAGGGGAGGCCCGGGGCCUAGCGGAGCGGGCUGGAGCGGCGGCCCCGGCGCCAUGGAGGGGAUGGACGUGGACCUGGACGCCGAGCUGAUGCAGAAGUUCAGCUGCCUGGGCACCACCGACAAGGACGUGCUGAUCGGCGAGUUCCAGCGGCUGCUGGGCUUCCAGCUGAGCCCGGCCGGCUGCGCCUUCUUCCUGGACAUGACCAACUGGAACCUACAAGCAGCCAUUGGAGCCUACUAUGACUUUGAGAGUCCGAACAUCAAUGUGCCCUCCAUGUCCUUUGUUGAAGAUGUUACCAUAGGAGAAGGGGAGUCAAUCCCUCCUGAUACCCAGUUUACAAAAACAUGGAGGAUACAAAACACAGGGACAGAGGCAUGGCCCCCAGGGGUUUGUCUUAAGUACGUCGGGGGAGACCAGUUUGGCCAUGUAAACAUGGUGAUGGUCAGGUCGCUAGAGCCCCAGGAGAUUUCAGAUGUCAGCGUUCAGAUGUGCAGCCCCAGCACAGCGGGAAUGUAUCAGGGACAGUGGCGCAUGUGCACUGCUACAGGACUCUAUUAUGGAGAUGUCAUCUGGGUGAUCCUCAGCGUGGAGGUUGGAGGACUUUUAGGAGUAACGCAGCAGCUGUCAUCCUUCGAAACGGAAUUCAACACACAACCACAUCGCAAGGUAGAAGGAAACUUUAACCCCUUCGCCUCUCCGCAGAAGAACAGGCAACCAGAUGAAAACAACCUAAAAGACCCUGGGGGUUCUGAGCUAGGCACAAUCAGCAAAAACACGUGGGGGCCUGCUCCUGACCAAAUUGAACAAGAUCAGAACGGACUGUCACAAAACUCUGUAAAUCUCUCCCCCAGCAGUCACUCGAACAACUUGUCGGUAGUGACGUACAGUAAGGGUUUCCAUGGUCCUUAUCCCUUUGGACAGUCUUAAAAACAAACAAAAAAACGGGUACCGUCAAGAGGAGAAUUUAACAAAGAACUGACUCAUGGGGGACAGAGGGGGGUUCUUAUGGCUUAUAGAAGACACGGCAUGGAUCCCCUUCUCUGCCUCCGCAACCUGGAUAAAGAAGAAAACAAACAAAAACCAAUAACUUAAGACUAGUGGUUUCCAGAGGAAAACAAAACUAAAGUAUGCAUGUGUGAAUGCUGAAUUUUAGGAGUGCUGUUCAAUGCUAUGAGAAAGAGAAAAUACACCAACACCAUGGGUUUUUUUAGAAGUCAUUAUCACAAUUAAUUAGGUAGCUGAAAAUUUAAAAAAAUUAAAAUGAAAGCCAUCUUUUUAAAAGAAAAAAAAGUAAUUAUUUUGCCUACAGAGCGAUUGUAGUUUGAGCAAAUGUUUAAUUUUUUUGUUUGUUUCCUGUUCAUAAUUUUUUUUAAUAAGGGACAGAGUGCAUUUUUAUGGAACUGUCGUGUUUGCUUGCUACAGAACGGGAGCUCGCUUAGCAUCUUCUGGGGUUCAUGCAGUGACUUCUCUUUGUAUGUUGGAUGUUUUCAAUGUGCGAUUGGGCCAGCACCCAGCUCUGUGAAUUUCAGUGAUAUCAGCCGUUUUUAGUUAUCAACCUUUUAAUCUUCAGUUUUUGUCUGUUUCCCUUUUGACCUUAGUGUUAUUGGAAACCUCAGUGAAGACCAAACUGUUGCAUUAGAAUGGGAGGACUCCAGCAUUGCGUUUACCUGCGAGGUUUAUUUUUCUCUUGGAACUUGAAAUAUACAUACACGUAUUUCAGUAAGAAACAGACUUACUAGAGUUCCAAAGCAGGUCCUAAAUGAUUGGUAUUUUAAAAUGCUGUUUUGUUUGUCAAAUAUUGAUGUCCAGUAGCUGUGCCUAGGACAGCCAGGCAAGUGUAUCUGUCUUGUGCCAAGAGGAAAUUAACUUUCUGUAGCUGUAGUUCACCAAACAGUAAUUAUAAAGUUUUACAAAAGUCAUGUCCCUUUAGGUUUAAACCUCACAUCCCUACCCUUUUUAUAUAAGUAUAAUUUUAAUUCCUCUCUCCUGUGAUUAAAGUGCUAGCUUAGGAGGCAGAGGCCAAUUGUUUUUGAAGUAGAGCAAGAAGUUGAAUCAUCAGCUGGAUUCCACAGUAGCGCCUAGUAUUCUUUCGCCUUUUUACUGGCCUGUAGCUUCUUUGAGGCUUUAGCUUUCUAGAUGGGUCUCAUCAAGCCUCCUGUUGAGAAGAGGAAGAGCUUUUCUGGACGUGAGGGUCACUUAGCUGUGAGCGUCCUCGGAGGAAUGAUAGCCAUGUGCAAAUGAGACCGUGCAGAGCAGUUGCGGAGGGUGGCGGAGUUCUGUUUCAGACUUUGUGGCGUUGGGUCACUGUGAGCCAAGCAACCCAGGUACUUGGGAAGAGAAUGGGUUUUUUGGAGGGGAGGCACUAAUUCAGAAACUUGAACCAGGCCGUAACAGCCAUCUGCCAAAGAUACAAUAAUAUGCAACGUCCCCCAUCCUCCUCCUCCAAAACUCCCCAUCCCAAACUACCCAUUCAUGUUGGGAGCUGAGUGCCUGGUAUGCCUGCUGGCGAGAGCGAUGCAAGGCUUUAGACUGACCUAGUCUGCACCCAAGCAUCAGUGUUUGCUUGGUUGACUUAAGCAGGGUUUCAUUUUCAGUGCAGUGUCCAUGGGCCUUAUUCUCCCAGGCAUAUGGGUAGCUCCUGUUGAGGUUAGUGGGAAUUGUUGGUAUCCUGCCAAGGAAGAAUUAGACCCCUGGUGAGGCAUUUGGAUACUUGUACUCUCUAGAACCCAGUGAACAGCUACCCUGGUAUUGCUCCAUUAGUGGGUGUUUAGUUGUCUAUUGGACACUGGAUUUCGAAGGAAGUGUUCCCUUUUAAGAUUGGCAGUUUCCCUUUCCUCUCUCUCUAAACACAUGGAUGGGGCUGGGGACAGAGUUGUAAUGGAUCGCCCCUUGGAUGAAGAAGGUCGGGGUGUUUGGAGGAAGAUCCUGCCUGGCUUGGGGAGUUAACCUGAAGACUUGUGGCAGGAUGGCUGCCUGCUAGACUUGGAGAAGGGGGUGCAGAUCCACGUUUGUGCUUUGAAUGCAGUUUAGGAGGUGGAGGCUGCAUUUGGUUAGCUGUAGUCAUAAGACCCUGUAUAUGUCUUGUAAAAUCCCUCUUGCUGUGGGCGAGAUAUGUUAUUCACAAGUCACAAAGAAGCAAGUGUGUAAACCGUCAUGGUGAAGUGUGGGCAAGGUUUGAAUUGUCAUGACAAGCAUACAAGGCAUGACCACAUGCACAUCCAGUACCCAGCAUGUAGCAUCCCCACUCCCGUGCGUCCCUUCUGGAAGUGUUGCUGUUAGCUGAGGUGACAAGGCUGCUCGUUGGUCUCUUCACAUCAGCUUCAUCCGUCUGUUGUGUAGAGGAGGAGGAACAAGGAGUCCUGGGUUUCUGACUGCUGCCGCCACUGGGCCUAGAACUCUGCAAACCUUUUACUGGCAGGGGCCGCUGGGUGACCCUCAGAGCCACCUCGCCUGACUCUCGUUUUCUCUUCUGCUGUUCCCAGGCAAGUAGGCUUCACCUGAGCAAACUGAAGGCCAUGUUUACAUCCGCCUGUCACCAGUGCAAAGAUUGUAUUUUGUUCCUUUCUCUAGAGAAAGCUAGCGUCCACCCCUAGUUGUUCCUGUGCCUUCUCAGUCCAUUCUGCACAGAUCUCAAUGUCUCCUCUCUUGAGCCUGUCUAAGUCUACAUGCCCUUGUGAUUGGGUUGUUAACACUGGCCUAUUACAGCUGUUUCCUAGGAAAUCAGUCUGGAGCAUAAACACAACCCUUAUCAGCGGGGAUGAUCUCUCUAUAAAUAACUGCAAAAGGCUCAUAACUGUUUCAGGGUGUUGGUUAGUGUGAUAAUCCUCGUGUGAUGACGAAGGGAAGAUGUUUAAACUGGUAAUUAAUCUGCCUCUUGUGUCUUCUCUCCAGUGAAAACUGAGUCCCCUGGCACUCAGCAAUGCACCCAGUCCCCAAAUUUAAGCUACUUUUAAGUUUGCAACAUUCUCAAAAGAGGAUUUCAGGGGUGCUCAGCAAAUGUCUCAGCUAGUCAUAGUUGGGGCUGAAAUUGCACUGCUUUCCUAGGGGCAACAUUUUCAAGGCAGGAGGGGGGCUAACAUUAGGCACCUAAACCAAAAAUAGCCAGAUUUUUUUCAGACGUGCUAAGCACCCAAGUUUCUCAUUGAUCUCAGCAGGGAGAACCUCUGAAAACCAGAUUGAAUCACAUGCCUAAUUUUAGGCACUCAGGUUUUAAAAUGUGUUCUAGGUCUCAGAGCCACAGCAAAUGGUUACCUGCCUGAGACUGCUGGGCAAGGGAAGAGGCCCAACAAAGCUUGCCCUAUGCUGUGUUACCCAACCCAGGCUGGUGUCCCUGACUUUGUGAACAAAGGGGCUGGUACCCACUGGUUUGAGACAGGCUGUAGCUAUGGAGGGGCUGCAGUUGGCUCUAAUCCCUUUUCCUGGCUGCUGCUGUUGUGGGGAGGAGGGUCUUGGAGUCCUGAGAGGGCACAGCAAAUGGAGAUCUCUUCAAAAAAGAAAGUUUAAACUUCCAAUACAUAUUUGUUUUUUUACAUGGAACUUCAAGCGUGGUGUGAGCUGUUGAGUCCGGAAAUGCCUGGUAACCCCUAUGUCUCACUGUGACUCAAGUCUGGGUUGCAAAUAUACCCUGUCCCAUGGCUGGGAAAGCCUGGGUAAGCUUUGCGCCCCUCUGGCUGGAAACACACUUUGUACUUGGGAAGAGGUGUCUAGCCUGCUUUGGCAUGGCAGAAAGUAUCUGCUGCCCUAUGUCUUGGGAGGGGGAGUGGGGGGGGUGGGGGAGGAAAGAGUGCAUCCUGAAACCUCCAGGGUUUGGGAGAUGUCUGGAACCCCACAACUGGGGAUGCAAGUGCAAUCCCAGACCCCAUGGGUGUGAGCAUAAUCGGAGUCUGCAGGGCUAGGAAAUACACACUGUCCCCUGUUUCUGUUGGGUUUUUUUUCUUGUGUGAGUGAGUGGUUGGUUCUGCAGCCUGACUUUAUUCCCUCUGGGGGGAGUGCAUGUGUAGAACAGGAUGGCGUGUUGCCUCAUUGAGUCUGGGAGAAGUCUGAUGAUAGCACAUUGGGGAUAAUAAAAAAGGAAGCUUUUUCCUUUAAUGUAUAAAUGAAUAUUUGUAUGAUUAAAUUAACACAGAAAAAAUUA